CGAGAGUUCGUUGCGUUCGGUUGUGUUUCGUAGUUGCUCCCUGAAUUUCGGUCCAAGUGUGCGCGCGGUGUUCUUGGCGGCUAUCAAAGUUUGUUCUGUAAAGUGAGUUUAGUGCUUAAACCAAAAUAGAAAAAAACAUGUCCAUUGGAUAACUUAAUUGUCUGUGAAAGUUUUGGAAACAAACACGUCAAGGUGUGCCACACCACCCUCAUCACUUCUUAAAGGAAAAAAAAAAAGAAGAAAACACAAAUCAAGGAUUAUUUUGGAUUCGGUUCGUAAAUAUCGACCCGGGGAAUCCAAAGAGAAAAGUAGCUGACGACUAUUAAGCAGUGUGUGAAGUAGUCUGCCAGAAAAGGAAAAGCAAAUCGAAAAAAAAAACAUCCCAUCACCAGGAUACUGUAUCUGUGCCCAUUGGAAAAGCAGGCCGUUUUUUCGAAAGGAAAAACCAACAACAGUGACAAAAACAACAAGCAACAAAAAUAGGAUUUAUUCUCGAUUCCAAUAGUAGCAGCACAGUAGCUAACUGGGCCCGGUUGUUGACACAGAAAAAUAUAAGAAAAAAAAACAGCCAACAAAUACCGUUGCAGCGAUUUGAUAAGAAGCAGGUGAAAACGAGAGAGAACAUCCAUCAGCACCCAAGAUCACAUCAAAUUGUUGGUAGCAGAUACGGCAGUUCUUCUAUAAUAACGUUGAAAACUAUAACCGCCACAAUUCGUCCAUAGAGGGCCCGCACCCCGCACCACCAGGAGUGUGGCCGGAACCAUGGACGAACGGCGGGUGGCGGAUUACUUUGUGGUGGCCGGCUUGCCGGAGAAUCCCAAGCUGCUGAAGGAAAACAUCUUCAACGAUUCGUCCCAUCUGCGGUCGGCCAAUGUGAUCGAUCCGAUCACCGACAUCGGAGUGUUUUUCCCGUCGUUGGGCGAAAAAAUUCCAGUCGACUAUGAGGUACUGGAGAAGACACCUUCAGGUCAAUAUGCGGACCUCAACUUUGGUUCGGUACGGACCACGGCCUGUUUUAUAUAUUUUAGAAGGGGCAAGGAUAAGCCCCCGCUUGUUGAUAUCGGGGUUAUGUACGAGGGCCAUGAACGGAUCAUGUCCGAUGCUGAAAUCGUUCAGAACACCCCAGGAGAUCGCCUAGCCAAUGUAAACAACUCAUCCUCCAAAACAUUCCUCACAUUUCGGCGGGCAAAGAAUGAUAUGCCCUGCAACGAGCUGGUUGUGACCGAUUUGUGUGUUGUGAUCCCGUCCAAGGGUGAAGUGCCACCGCAUGCGUUCUGUAUGAUCCACAAAACGCUCAACAAGGGCAUAAUGGGAAGCGACGUGUUCCUGUGCUACAAAAAGUCUAUGAACCGACCGAAGCUGAUCAGCUACCAGCCGGAAAUAUUGCAUCGAUAUCCGACGAUCGAUCACAACGAUUUCCCCCUGAAUUUGUGCCCUAGCGUUCCGUUGUUUUGUUUGCCCAUGGGAACCACCUUGGAGUCGUGGCCACAUGUGCCCGGUGGCGACGGUAGAUUGAAGAGGAAGUCAAUACAACCCAUCUUUAGUACGUUUGUCCUGACGGUCAACGAUGGAACUUACAAGGUCUAUGGGUCCGCUUUGACCUUUUACGAAGACUUCGACGAAUCACAACUAAACGAGCAGCAACGGGAGCUGUUGGAGUGGACGCCGGAUUCGCACAAGACACAAUCGUUGCACGUGAACAAAUCCAUCUGUUUACUAUCCCGGUGGCCUUUCGGAGACACAUUCGAGCGAUGGUUGCAGUUUUUACAUGCGCUAUCCACUUUCGAGGAACCGCUUCCGGUGCCUAUCGAGCGAUACAUAACACAUCUACUUGACGAAGUGCCAUUCCCAUCGCCGAGCAUUCUGCUGCAGCUGUCGAAUCUGAGCAACGAUCGGAUCCUCUUGACCCUACCGGAGGACUCUCCCCUGCCUCGAAGUGGAGCCGGAUUUCGUCAGCUCCUAUCCAAUCUGGGACCGGAAAACUGUCUUCACGUGCUGCUGCUCGUAAUGACCGAGCAGAAAAUCCUGAUCCAUUCGCUGAGGACAGCGAUACUCACAGCCGUCGCUGAAGCCGUUUCUUCAUUUCUGUUCCCCUUCAAGUGGCAGUGUCCCUACAUCCCACUGUGCCCCUUAGGCUUGGCCGAGGUUCUUCACGCCCCACUACCCUAUCUGAUUGGAGUAGACUCCAGGUUUUUCGACCUUUACGAACCCCCGAAUGACGUGACCUGUGUCGAUUUGGACACCAACAACAUCAGCCUCUGCGAAUCCCAGAAGCAUUUAAUCACAAAACUGCUGCCGAAGCGUGCGGCUCGCAUUUUGAAGCAAACUCUAAGAAAUUUAGAAGAGUUAAGUCAGAGCAAUGGCCAUGAGUCGUCUAACAGCCUGGAUCGAGAUUUCAAGAAAAGAAAACGGGAACAAAAUCUAGAACAACGAAUUCAGGAAGCUUUCCUCCAGUUUAUGGCUUCUAUUUUGAAAGGCUACCGGGAAUAUCUGGUACCGAUUUCGAAGGCUCCAAGUAGUAGAGCCACCGAUCCAGAUGCCCUUUUUCAGAUGAACGCCUUUCUGAGGUCGAGAGAUAAAGCCCAUCAUAAAUUUUUCCAGCUGCUGAUGAAAACGCAAAUGUUUAUCAAGUUCAUCGAGGAGCGAUCGUUCGUUUCGGAUGGAGAUCACAACCUGGCAUUCUUCGACGAGUGCGCCGAAAAGGUCAGCGCUUUCGAAGAUACCCCAACGGAAAUCAAGCUGAUCGAUUGGGACUCGGGCCAAAGUAGCGAGCGGACCAAGUUCAUUCUACCACCCGAAUGUCAACCCGGACUACCGGAGCAAAACUACAGCUACGGUUCGUUCAUUUUAAAUCCCAUCUUGCUGAAGCAAUCCCGCAAAAGUAUGCUGAUCAAUGCAUUGCAACACAACAGCAGCUUGGUUCCCGGUUCACCGAUGGCUCGACGAACAAAACACGAAAUAAAAACCGCCCAAAAACUGGCUCGCAAAAACCUUGGUAAUCCAGAACUCUGGGCCAAGCAUCUACUGGCUGCCUGUUAUUCAAUCUACUUUAUCAUCCUGCCCAGCUACAUUUCGGAAAACGCAGGUCGAGAACACUCGAUCCUAAAAGCGGCCUACGAUUUGCUUAGCAAAGCCUGUCAGCUGAAAAUUCAGUGCGAUGAAGUCUGCUAUCGGAUUAUGAUGCAGCUCUGCGGAAUGCACAACGUGCCGGUACUUGCAGUCAGACUACACUAUCUGAUGAAACGCUCCGGUAUUCAACCUAACGCUCUAACUUAUGGCUUCUACAACCGCUGCGUUCUGGAAGCACAAUGGCCUUCAGAUUCCAUCCUGUCCAGCCAAAUGCGCUGGAACCGGUUACGUAACAUAGUCCUGGGUGCGGCCCACUUCAAACGGGCCGGCAAAAAGUUUGCCGCCCGACGAAAACUCUCAGUCUCACACGAAAACAAUCUAAGCACCCUAGAAUGUGUGGACGGUACAUCCCGCACCAGCCUCGAUUCAGGUAUUUCGCAAGCCGAGCACACUUCUAGCACCCUGCUAGAUUUUGCAGCCUUCGAUAAGCUCCGCGGACGGUUGGGGGCAAUCGUACGGCAAUCCAAUGUUCCUCAGGAAUCUUCCGGGGAUGUUCUUUCAAGUGCCGGACUACUCAUCAGCGGCGAAGGCUCGGCUCACUUGAAAAACGGAACCAAACCUCCGCUGGCUCCACCGUCAAACCCUUGUAAUCUUAGCCCUCGGAUGCUGGCCCGGGCCGAAAGCUUCGGCGGUGAUUCCGAUUUCAUCGAUAAGCUUCAGCGACAAUCAUCGAUACAGCACACCACCAACGGUGGCACUCCGAAUGGUUUGGACGGAACGCAUGGCGGUGCAACCCGUGUUAAAAGGGUUCUUGAUUUCCAGAGUGAAAAUGGAAAUAGCUCCCAGGAGGAGCUAUCCAAUGGUAAUCUGGACAAAUCAGCUGUAAGUCCGACUAAGGUCUGCAAUCGAACGUUGGUGACGCAGGACGACCCACUGGGUGCCCUCAACGACACUGAAGAGUUGCUCGAGGUUCAACAAUCGGUCGAAAAGAUGUCCAUCAAUGGCGGCGGCACCACCAACGGAGGAAAUCAUUUCCAGGCCCACAACAACACCAUCUACACCGACCAGCCGAUUCUGUUCAAGGGCCAGAGGUCGGCCACCUUCGACGAUUCGCUGCAGCUGAACAAGAGCAUGCACCGGUCCGAGACGAUGCCGGUGACCAGCUCGGUGACGUCCAGCUUUGCCAGCAUCGGGUCGUCACUGAAGUUUAACUUUGGCCGUUACUCACCUGCACGUUUAUCCAUGAAAAAAGAUUUCAAAUCGCUCUCAACCAAUGUGAUAGAAAGCAUUUCCAGCGUCAGCCCAAGUCUGACGGGUAAGAAAUCCAACGAGAUACUACAGGGUGGUAUUAGUAGCAUCAAGUACGCAGCCACUUCGAUGGCCAAAAAGCUAGACGAGAUUAAGGAAGCCAUCUCGGCCAAUUCGACACCGGUAAAAACCGGAUCCGGAACGACACUUACCGGAGGUGGCAACGGUUACUCGGAACGGGAUGCACUAGGUUCGGAAUCGGAUCUGGUGAAUGAAGAUGGCAGCACCGUGAAUGGUGGUGGCUCUCGAUCUCGCCGUGUCUCGAGCGAGUUUGAUCUGUGGGGUCGCUUCAGCGAGUCGCGCAAGUCCAGCUACAACAAUCUAGUGCCUCUGGGCGAGAAUGCCACCUCUAAUGUGAGCUUGAACGCGUAUCCUACCCUGCCAGAAAAUGUGUACCCUUUGACAAAUGAGGUUUCCGAUACCAAUGAAGCCGACUACGUGAUCCAAAUUACGUCCUGUUCCCAGUGUCACAACUGUUCCGUGCUUCUGUACGACGAAGACAUCAUGGCCGGAUGGUCGGCCGAGGAUUCCAAUUUGAACACCACCUGCCAUGCCUGCAGCAAAGUAACGGUACCGUUUCUGAAUGUGCAUAUCCUUUCGGGGGCGCAAAGGAGAGCACUGACUGCGACAAAACAGCAGCAAGCGAAUCCAGACGUGAUUAGCGUGCCAUAUCUCAACCCACUUGUCCUGCGCAAAGAGUUGGAGAACAUUCUCAGCCAGGAAGGCGACUUUGCCCCGUCGAAGCCAAACUUUGUCGACGAACAUCCCAUCAUCUAUUGGAAUCUGGUAUGGGUGAUGGAGCGCAUCGAUGUAACGACGCAUUUACCGAACCUUUGUUUGCCCAAACAGGAGGGUGAAAAUGAUGAUCCUUUAAGCAAUUUAAAAACCGUGUCAGUUCACUGUUUGUGGGAUAACCCGCGGUUACAUUCGGAAGCCGGUCCCGCUAUGUACAUGCUGUGGACACAAAAUCAACCAGCUAGUCCUCUGUUGAAGGCACUUCUGACGGAUCAAACAUCGAUCAAUAGGGCCGUCAUGCAACAGGUGAUCGCGUCCAUCCGCUGCAACGAUUUGCUAACCCCGGUCAAGCGGUUGGCCAACGAGCGACACAAGUUGAAGCACCGGGGCGUCGAUCGAACCCACUCCAUCUACCGGGACAUUCUGUUCCUGGCCUUCAUAGCCCUCGGGCGAGCCAACAUCGAUCUGAUUUCGUUCCAUCGCGAGUACGCAGCCGUUUUCGACAAACUCACAGAGAAGGAGUGCAACACGUACUACCGCAGUCAAGAUUUGCCCCCCUCAUCGGCGGCCAUUUUCUGCCGGGCAUAUUUCAAACCGCUGGUACUUCCUUGACCGGGGCUUUCGUUCCUUAGUGGUGGAUUUGGUUAUCCACCACUGAGGGCUGGCAUCCGGUAGUCGGUAGACGACCACCAAAAUUGAGGUAAGCAAGAGAGCUACUCCAGCAAAGCGAGUAGCCACGCGUGAUAGAGCAAUUUGUAAAUUAUUCUACUUAACAAAUCCCUCAAAGGGUGAAAUCACAAUAAAUUACGGUUAGAGGUAAUCCAACUACGAAGUAACGCAUUGAAGACGCCAAUCAUACUUAGAAAAAUCAGAAAAAAAACAAUAAUUAUUCACAUAAUCAACACACUGUUAUCCGAAGGAGGCGAGUGUGCGAAUGCUCGUAAAAGAAUGAGAUUAAUCAUGUCAUGCUUGCUCAAAAAACAGGAACACUUUUGCUAACGAGUUUAAAUCAAUUAAAUCAAAACAGCGUACAUUCAAAGCUUAAACUAAAUCGACUUUAGCGAAAUUCUGCUUCUGGAGAACGUCGAACUUCGAAAGCCUCAAAUGCAGAGUCAACUACCUACCUAACCUUCAUCGUCGCAAACUUACCGGAUUAGACGACGCAGUGGUUCACGAAAAUCAUUCAACAACAAAAUUGUGAUAAAUCUAAAAAAAAGCAAACCGGAGGCAUCCAUCCUUGCAUUGCGCAGCAGAGCGAACUAAUUUCUGUUUUUUUUUUUCAAAUGUUUGAAUUUUGUUUGAAAAAAUCUUUUAAUUACUUAUUUUGAAACCUUAGGUUACAGACCCUAUAAAGACGCAGCCAGCAACCAGGCUAAAAGCUCUAUUAGAUUCUACUGACCGUUGUGUAAGAUACCUUAAAACUGCUUUUCAGAUCAUAUCAGAUAGUUUGAACACUAACUAGCUCUUCGUCCGGAACAGGAGUUCUUAUUACGCAAGUAAGUUUUUUGCUUGUAGCAACCAAGCGCAGUUCGGUGUAAAAAUAUGUGUUGUAUUAUUUUAAGUUUCUACGUAAACUAAACUUGUGACGGCUAUUCUACGAUGGGUAAACAAGUGAAACGUAAGAAAACUGUAGAUGAAAAUUUGUUUAAGUCCCCUACCCUAGCCUAGAUUGAUUGGAGUAAAUAUAUGUAAAGGUUCGAUGAUACGA